AUGUCAGAAAUCCUCAAAUCACCGAUCCAGUCCCCUUUGCUUCGGGGCUUCGUAACUUCACGACGAUGCGAUGCCUCGGAGAUAGAGGACCUAGGUAGCAACGUGACCAAAGGACUCAGAGUGGCUGGUGGAAGGCGAGUUCUCCGGUCACAUUUUUUUUCCUACUGUCUCACUUACCCCGCGGUCAACGUCGCAGCUACCACUGAAACUGGAUCUGGUGAUGGCGCCACUGAGAAGUGCGUCUACCUCUGCGGAAACUCCCUGGGACUCCAACCUAAGCGGACUCAGACCCGCGUCAACCAAUAUCUAUCCACCUGGGGUACCCAGGGAGUUCAAGGGCACUUCAAACCCCUCGAGGAAUCACCGCUCCCGACCUGGCUCGACGCCGAUGACAGAGCCGCCCAACUCAUCGCCCCGAUCGUGGGUGCCUCCAAGGCCGAGGUGGCUGUCAUGCAGACGCUGACGGCCAACCUCCACCUCCUCAUGUCUGCCUUUUACAAGCCGGACAUCAACGGCAAACACAAGAUCAUACUCGAGAGCAAGGCCUUCCCCAGCGACCACUUCGCCGUCGAAACCCAACUCCGCCACCACAACCUCGACCCCGCCACCUCCAUGAUCACCCUCACCUCGCCCUCCUCCCCGGAAGACAACAUCCUUACCACCGCCGAGAUCCUCUCCGCCAUCACCACCCACGCCGCCACCACCGCCCUGAUCCUCCUCCCGGGGAUCCAGUACUACACGGGCCAACUCCUCGACAUCCCCACCAUCACCGCCCACGCCCGCACCCACUCCGUCUUCCUCAUCUGGGACCUCGCCCACGCCGUCGGCAACGCACCCCUACACCUGCACGACUGGGGCGUCGACGCCGCCGCCUGGUGCAGCUACAAGUACCUGAACGGCGGGCCGGGCUGCAUCGGGGGGCUGUUCGUGCACGAGCGGAACAGCGCCGUGCCGCCGCCCGUGGGGGAGCUGGAGGUGCAGCAGAAGGAGGGGGAGUGGGAGCGCGAGGGCUACGCGAACCGCCUGGCCGGGUGGUGGGGCAACGACAAGCGCACGCGGUUUGCCAUGGUUAAUCGCUUCCGUCCGGUGCCGGGCGCUGCGGGGUUCCAGCUCAGCAAUCCGAGCAUUUUGGAUAUUACCAGCUUGACGGCGUCGUUGGAGGUGUUUGCUGAGGCGGGCGGGGUGGGCGCGCUGAGGGGGAAGUCGCUGCGGCUGACGGCGUUUUUGGAGGAGCUGCUCGUUGGGGAGGGCUCCUCAAUCGUCGGGGUAGAGGAGAGGGCCCUGUUCCGGGUGAUUACGCCGUCGGAUCCGGGGCAGAGGGGGGCGCAGCUGAGUUUGAUGCUGCGUGGGGGGUUGUUGGAGGCGGUGAUGCGGGAACUGGAGAAGAGGGCGGUGAUUGUGGACGAGCGGAAGCCCGAUGUAAUUCGGGUGGCGCCGGCGCCGUUGUAUAAUAGCUUUGAGGAUUGUGUGCGUUUUGUGGUGGCUUUUGGUGAGGCGCUGGCGGUGGCAAGGAAGGAGGUGGCUGUAUAA